CCAUCAUGGCAGUGGAGUUUGACGGAGGUGUUGUGGUGGGUUCUGAUUCCCGGGUGUCUGCAGGAGAGGCGGUGGUAAACCGGGUGUUUGACAAGCUGUCCCCACUACACCAGCACAUCUACUGUGCUCUCUCUGGUUCAGCUGCUGAUGCCCAAGCCAUGGUUGACAUGGCCGCCUACCAACUGGAGCUCCACGGGUUGGAACUGGAAGAACCUCCGCUUGUUCUGGCUGCUGCCAACGUGGUGAGGAAUAUCAGUUAUAAGUAUCGGGAGGACCUGUCCGCGCAUCUCAUAGUAGCCGGCUGGGACCAACGUGCCGGGGGCCAGGUGUAUGGAACCCUGGGAGGAAUGCUGACUCGGCAGCCCUUCGCCAUCGGUGGCUCUGGCAGCGCCUAUAUCUACGGCUAUGUGGAUGCAGCAUAUAAGCCGGGCAUGUCCCCUGAGGAGUGCAGGAGCUUCACCACAGAUGCUAUCGCUCUGGCCAUGAAUCGGGAUGGCUCUAGCGGGGGCGUCAUCUACCUGGUCACUAUUACAGCUGCUGGUGUGGACCAUCAAGUGAUCUUGGGUAAUGAGCUGCCGAAAUUCUAUGACCAGUGAAUCUUCCUCAGACCUCCCUUCAUCAUUUUGUAAUAAACUCUCUCAGACCAGAA